UUGAAUUUUAAGGUUUCUUGCUCGUGACUGAAGGCCAUCCCUCAAGGUUGUACAUUUAUAUGCUGUGGUUAUGAUCCCCGGUGGCGAGUCUGGCAAUGAUAAAGACACAAAGCAAAAAGAGGAUGCGGAGAAAAGAAAUCAGGAGAUUCGUACCAGUAUAUUAGCACAAAUUCUCGAUCAGGAUGCAAGAGCACGUUUGAAUACCAUUGCGAUCACGAAACCAGAAAAAGCUAAAAUGGUUGAAAAUAUGCUAAUCAGCAUGGCUCAAACUGGACGUCUUGGACCAAAGUUGAAUGAAGAGCAGUUAAAACAAAUCCUCCUGCAGGUUUCUUCGGGCACACAGAAAUCUACCACAGUAAAGCUUUUCAAAUUCAUGUUGCCGUAAACAAUCAAAUAAGCAAAUGUAUAUGAAAUUGUACGUCGGAUGUGUAUUUUAGCUGAUGUUAAACAUGCUUUAUAAAAAUAGUAAAUUUGAAGUCUAUUGCUUACAUAUGUGUAUAAUAACUGGAGCAUUUCGAAUACAAAUUGUAUCAUCUAUAUAUUUUUGUUUAUUUAUCUCACAAUCCGUUUAAUAAGCUAGUUUGUUCUCUUUUAGUAUAUUGAAAUCAUAUUUAUGUGUAAGGCACAACUAAAAUUAUGCUGCAUAGAUAUGUUUACAACAUCCUUUAAAAACUAUCGGUUAAUUUACCAUUGGAUAAGGGAAAGUAGUAUAAAUAAAGGAGACAUAACUAGGCAACUUUUGGUGGGAAAAAUGCUGAUCUGAAAUUUCGGAAAAUUGUCUAAUAAAAUUGUUUGUGUUAGCAACGUAUUUUCCGGGUCCCACCAACCUUCAGUAUAUCACAUCUUAAAGUUAACAUUCACCAGUUUUUCUGAUAAACCUCUACACAAAUUUAAUAAGCUUGAAUUAUCACAUUUUUGUUAAACAAGAUUGAUACCGUAAGGACUUCGAUAAAAGACCUGUGGAACUAUGGGCUUAUCUUUGAUAAUAGAGUUGAGAUAGAGUUCUAUUU